AUGUCUUCCAACUCCAACGGCGGCGACGCGAGAAACGGCGACGCAGACGUGCUUGCCAAGAUUCACCUUGCGCUCGAAGUGGUUCACAGCCCUCACUCGACCAACGAUGCGCGUAGGGAAGCCCAAUCUUUCCUCGAAGAGGUCAAGGACAUCCCCGAAGCUCCCUUCCAGGGCUACACCUUGGCCUCUGACAAGGCUCAGGCGCCCGUUGUCCGCCAUUAUGCCCUGUCGCUCCUCGAGCAUGCCAUACGAUACCGAUGGGCCAGCUAUACCGACGAACAAUCCCGAACCCUUCGAAACUGGGUGCUGGAGCUCAGCCAGGCCGUCACCAAGGGCGACCCAUCAUAUCUGAGAAACAAGACUGCCCAGCUCUGGGUGGAAGUGGCCAAGAGAAGCUGGGGCUCCGACUGGACGGAUAUGGAUGCCAUGCUCGUUGAGCUGUGGCAAAUCCCCAAUUCGCCCGCUCACAAGGAGCUCGUCAUGUUUGUCCUCGAGGCUUUGUCGGACGAGGUUUUUGCCGGAGAUGACUCUGUUGUUGCCAUGAGGGAAGGCGUCCUUAGCAAGGCGUGCGUCGAGAUCUUCACUCCCACGGCGGUCCUGAUCGAGGCAUUCCCCAAUCGUCAGCCCGGUCCAGAUGUUCGAUGUGGUCACGAGGGCUGGCUCAGUCGACUAUCAGAGUUCCUCGGCUUGUGUAUCAAUGCAGACGCCAAUGACGAGGUGAAGAUGUGCAUUGUCAAAGGAUUCUCCGUCUUCCUAUCACUUAUGCCAUGGGCUAUCCCGAAAGCUAUAGCCUCUGCUCGCUGUGUGGAUAUUUUGUCUGCUGGCCUGGCGUCGCCAUCGACUGAAAUUCAAAAGGUCGCUCUAGACGCCCUCCACGCUCUGUAUUGCCGGUCCAACUUUACAGAUGAAGAGUUCAGGGACCUCGUGGCCCCCAUGUACAGCAGUGCAUCCAUACAACUCUUCAAGCAACUCAUUGGUCGGUCAGAAGUCGACGCUGACGAUGUAGACGAAGACAAGUAUCAGAUCCUGAAGAGGCUAUCUGAGAUGCUCUCAAGUUUAGGUGAUUAUUUUGAGAGAAAGCAUUCCCAAGUCCCUCUUGAUGCAAGCCCCGAAGGCUUCCUGCAGCUUUUGCUCCAAGUAGUACAACACCAAAGUCUCAUGGUGUCCAUCCCGGUCUUAGUGACGUGGACGAGGCUCCUUGCGAACAAGGUGAUCGGCCCAAGUGACAUUGUUACAUCCAUGAUAGGGCCUCUCCUCGAGGUCUGCAGCUCCAGAUUGGUCCGAUAUGAAAAUCUGCCUCAAGAUACCUCUGACCCAACGUUUCUGUUCCUUAUGGAGGAUACCGAUACCAUCCCAGAGCGCCAUGCCUUCCUGGGCAAUUACCGCCGCUAUAGCUCACAGGUCGUUGAAAUCAUUGUGCAACUCAAACUAGUCGAUGCUGUAUCUCACAUCCUGGGGCGCACCGAACAAAUCUUGCUGCAUCUCUACGAUGGACAGCCUUCAUUUGACAAACAAAAUUAUUUCAAGCACUCCAUGCCCGUUCUGCAGGUAGACGCCCACUUCACUCUAAUUGAAGCCUCGUUGAAAGGGUAUGCGAAGUGGAAGAGGUCACACCAACACGACAGCCAACAACAGAUAGCCGAACUUGAGUCCAGCCUUGAAGGCUGGUGCACGAGACUUUUGGAGAUGAAUUUUGAGGAUCCUUUAAUCCGAAGGCGAACUCUACAGUUACUCGUCUACUUCUCGACAAAUGCCCUGAACAAGAACGCAAACUUUAUGCUGAAAGUACUUGAGCACAUCAUUCUUACAUGGCCUGUGUUAGAGCCAGCGUAUGGCGCGUACAAUGACGCCAUUAAAGAUUUCCAAGUCGAGAGCAUGGUCGAGCUGCAUCGCCUCGCAAUCGGAAUGCCUGACCACCUCCUGGGAGUUUACGAACAAAUCGAAGCCCGUGUGAAUGAGAUGAUGUCUACCGGAAAGUUAGAUGAUAGAAGGACUCUUGCUUACCGAAGCUUUUUGUUCUUAAUCAUACACCGAGCCAAGAGCCUUGAUGCUCAGGCAAAGAUCCAGAAGCUACGAGAGUUUGUUGAACCAGUCAAAGCGCAAUGGCAAGAGGAGAAUAUCAAAUCUGCCGUGAAGUCAUACUCUGGCUUCUGCGAACUUCUUGGGCUAGAUAAAGCCCAAGCAUACUUGGUAAGCCGUCAGGCACACAAUAUCAAAGACUGGGGCUCCUGUGAGCUCGACGCAGAGGGAUUAGCCCUCCAGAACGAGUUGGAAGAGCGCCUCAAGCAAUUGCCACUCCGUCCGACGAAAACCCUUCUUGCUCUAUCUGUGGACCGGGUCGACAAGUCAUCCACCGCCUUUCAGGCUACUUCCGUGAUUUGGGAGGAAGGGUUCGCAAACAUUCUAGCGGAUUUACUGCGUCUUCUGAGCUAUGCCCACGCGUCGCAUAACCCACAUAAUUGGACAGGAUUCCCAGAAGGCAUGCGCCACAUGGUUGAUAAAGUCCUGAGCGAUCGGUUUUGGCAGGCCGGUAUCUCUGAGGGAAGCAAAGAUGAUUUCUACGCUCGAGUUCUUGAUAAGAAAGGCACGAUAGAGGGACUUGCAUCCACGAUUCGCGGCUCAGUUCGUUUUGUCCGCGAAACUGCGUAUGGCGUCAUAUACUGCAUGAGCAAGCUUCAUUCGCAGUUUUACGGAUUCAGCGAGCUCGCCGCUCCAUUGUCCGAGGCCUUCUUCUCAGACUCCGUAUGGCUGUCUACACACCAGCAAAGCAACCUGCUGAGUCUGGUGCGGCACCUCGUCGACGACUGCCCUGUUGAUUGCCGCGAAAACUUCUUGCCCAGGCUUUUAUCCUCGUGCUUCCAACAGAUGGAUACCAAGAUCAACUCUGAGUGGGCAAAGCUGGAGCAGCAGCAGACCGUGGUGGCAGAUGGAGAUGCCGAGCUAAAGGAAGAGAUGAAGUCUGAGAGCAUUCUCCGACAGGUGACGUACACUGCUGUCGUGCUAGUGGCCGACUUUCUGGAUCCAACCAAGCCGAAUUCUCCAACUUUGAAGUCACAGGCCCAGAAUGCUGGCGAGCACAACCAUUCUAGGGAUUCUUAUCCCUCUCUUCGAAAGUUUUGCUUGUCCCACCAGGAGAUUAUCGAACCACUCUUGCUUUUUUGCAUGCAUGGAAUUCGCAUGCGAGACAUUCGAUGUUGCGGCAUGCUACUGCGAUUAUUCAUCUCUCUGGUGCCGGAGUUCUCGACGUCUGGUCAAGGAUCUAAGAGAAACCAAACAACUUCUGAUGGAAACGGGGCCUCGGCGGAUGCGUCUCCCAUCCCCUCGGAAAUCGCUACGGCUGUCCGAGAGUAUAUCUCUUCGGACGUACUGAGAUCAUGCAUCACAUCCUUCCACGAGCCAUACUUUGUAGAUGUGCAGAAGGAGUUGGCAUCGCUCAUUGCCACCAUUGUGGUCUACUAUAGCACAAUCACUUCAACGCCAACCGACGUUCUCUUGGCACUGCCCAAUGUGAAUCCUGCAGAACUAGAGCGCCUAAAUGCCUACGUCGCCAAGCCGGGAUCCCACACUCGGCAACAGAGAGCAAUUGUCUUGGAAUUCUUGAAGGAUCUCAAAGGAGUGAGCGUCUCGGAGAUGGGGAAGCUGAACAAAAACUUUGACAGUUCGAGCCGCUCUAAGCGCCCAGCCCGAAGCAAAAUGGCACAGGGCUUCAUGACUACCACUCCGGCAGCAUCUGAUGCUGCGGGCCGCAAAAGGGCAGAUGAGGCCGGGGGCAGGGCUACGCCUGAUGGCCUGGAGGGCAUUUCUAAUUUAUUUGAGGGUUAA